AUGGCAGACUUUGGAAAAGGUAAAGAGAGACAAAGAGAGGGUGGGCCAGCAACACCGGCAGUUGAUAGUCUCACAGCUGGGGACGGCUCCACAGGCUUCGAGUCCGAAACAGCUGCACUUGCCCUACCGUCGACAAAUCCUUCUGCCUCGGCAGGUGCACCACAAGGUUCAGAACGAGCACCUGCUGCAUCAACAAACUCAACAGAACUUCCUUCAGAGACUGUACAAGGACCCGCACCAACUGCUCAGCUCGUGAAUCCACUUGUUUUAGUUGAUAGUACAGAUGACACAGACUCGGCUCUGGGCGACGAUGAUGCCAUUAGUGACACAACAUCCAUCGCAUCGUCUAUCCACAGAGGACGCUUCGAAAACGGACGCCGAUACCAUAAGUAUCGUGAGGGCGAAAACGAUUAUUGGGGUCCCAACGACGAGGUUCAGAACGACCAGCUUGAUAUUGCACACCACAUGUUCCUCAUUCUGCUUGACCAGAAACUACAUCUAGCGCCUAUCAAAGACCCGAAGAGGGUCUUGGAUCUAGGGUGCGAAUACCCUGGCGCCGAGAUCCUUGGCGUUGACCUCUCCCCCAUUCAACCCCAGUUCACUCCUCCGAACUGCAAGUUUGAAAUAGAUGAUGUCACUCUUCCAUGGACGUACUCGCAGUCCUUUGACUUCAUCAACAUCCGCUCCCUGUAUGGCUCGAUCGGCGAUUGGCCCGCGCUCUACACGCAAUGCUAUAACAAUCUCGAACCAGGCGGCUACCUCCACGAACUGGAAAUGAGCAUCCAAUUCAAAUCCGACGAUGGCACACUGACGAAAGAUCACGUCUUAUCCACUUGGAGCGAUCUCUUCCAUGAGGCAUCAGAGCGUUUUGGUAAAUCCUUCUACGAGGUUUGGAAUCUAUCGACAUAUAUCCGUAACGCGGGAUUCGUGGACGUUGAGGAAAGAGUGUACAAAGUCCCUGUCAACGGAUGGCCGGCAGAUCCUCAUAUGAAGGAGUUGGGAAGAUGGAAUUUGUUGCAUAUUACUCAGGGAGCUGAGGGAUGGGGAUUGUAUCUGCUGACAAAGGUCAUGGGCUGGUCAGUGCAAGAGGCUCAAAUUUUCUUUGCCAAGUUCAGGGCUGGAGUCAAGGAGAGGAAAGUACAUGCUUAUUUCGAGGUCGUGGUAAUACACGCAAGGAAACCUUGA